AAUAUAGUGAAGAAGUAGUAGUUUCAAGAGAGAGAGAGAGAGAAAAAAAGAGUAUUCAUUGUUAUCAGCUUUUGUUUUAAUCAAAAUCAAUUCGAACGGGUAACCAUCGCAGUUUGUUAAAUUCUCCUCGAUCGCGACCGACUCUAAAGCUUAAAAUCGAUCCUUCGAAAAGGAUACAAAGAGAAAAAGAAAAGAAAGGGGAAAGGAAAGAAAAUAGAAAGGAAAUAAUAAAAGGAGACGCGUUAUUAUCGUAAACAAGGAUGAAACUCAUCGUCGUUUUGUUCGUUUGUCUCUUCGAGACAACUCUCGUUCAUUGCGGGAAACGACCGAGUUUCGUUUCCGACGAAAUGAUCGCUACUGCGGUUAGCGUUGUGAAUGCUUGUCAAACACAGACAGGAGUGGCUACAGCCGACAUCGAAGCGGUGAGAAAUGAUAAGUGGCCGGAGACGCCUGAAUUAAAGUGUUACAUGUAUUGCCUUUGGGAACAAUUUGGUCUAAUCGACGAUAAAGGGGAAUUAAAUUUGAAUGGUAUGCUAACUUUUUUCCAAAGAAUCCCAGCUUAUAGAGCAGAAGUUUUAAAAGGCAUUAGCGAUUGCAAGCUGAUUGGUAAAUACCUGGCUCAGGGUGAUAAGUGUCAAUAUGCGUACGAAUUCAAUAUGUGUUACGCUAAAAUAUCACCAAGAACCUAUUAUCUAUUCUAAUGAAUUUUCAUCAAUUGAAGUGCAUGAUGACCAAAGAUAUAUAUACACAUACAUACAUAUAUAUAUAUAUAUAUAUAUAUAUAUAUAUAUAUAUAAAAUGAAAAUAUUAAAGAAACGAUAUCGCCGAAUGUGUUGAGAUUUAUACAAUCAAGUGAUUUUACAUUCUCAUAUAACUGUCCUGUAUACACCGUAAAUUGUACUACUUUAUAAAAUGUCUUAAAAAAAAAUAAAUCCUCUCUAAUAAUUGCA